AUGACAGAAGAGAAUAGCAACGACCUAGCCUCUAGAAUUCUAGAGAGAGCUCAAAUGGCUCAAAUGACGCGUCAAUUGAAAUUAGGUUUAAGCCAAAUUCCAAAGAAUCAAAAUAAUAAUGAUGAUAAACUUAAUACUCUUAGUACCACAACAAUUUUGAAAAAUAACAAUAGCAAUAAUAAUAAUAACAGUAAUAAACGUGCUGGUGAUAAUAAUUUAUUAAAGAAAGAAACUUCACCAUUAAAGAAACAAACAACAAAUAUAACGAAUAAAACUAUUAUUAAUAAUAAUAACAAUAAUAAUAAGGAAAAAUUUCAUAAAAAUGAAAAUAAAAUUAUUGAACCUUCUUCACCAAAUACGUCUUCAACAAAUUCUCCAAUGAAAACCAUGCCUUCAACACCUGGUAGAUCAACAAAUUCAAAUAAUCAUAGAUUCCUUACAACUCCAAAUCAAAAAACUUCAAAGAGAAAUAAUAACAAUUCAACAAGUGACGAUACAGGUGCUGAUCUUUUAAUGUAUUUAGCUACAAGUCCAUAUACAAAACCAUCAACAUCGUCAUCAAUAAAUCAACAAAAAUUAAAUAAUUUGAUGAAAAUUCCAACAACUCCGUCAUCUUCAUCGUACCUUCACCAUAAUAAUGGUAACGAUGAAGCCAUACGAUUAUCAAAUAUGAAACCAUCACUUUCGUCACCUCAAUCAACUUUUAAAGUUCCUCAUUUAGUGGCUCAUAAUGGAACAUCAUCAUUAGCAUAUCAGGAUGUCCUAAUGGAAUCACCUUCACUUUAUAUGAAUUCUAUGCAUACAUCAAAUAAUGGAACAAGUCCACAAAAGAAAAAGGCAAAUUCUCAACAAUCACAAUCACAUGUACCAACAGUAGUACCGACAACACCAUCUCGUGAAUCAGCUACUACAAAUGGUUCAAAUAAUAACAGUAACGGAUCAAAUAUAAAUCAAAGAGAUCAAUUAGGUCUACCUUCAACAAAUAAUUCACAAUCUACCAAUAAUAACAACUCGACUACCUUCAAUAACUUGAAUUUGUUAAAGACGCCUAAUUUUAAUAUGGGAGACUAUAUUCACAAUUUAUUUAGUCCCUCUCCAAAUGUAUCCACUAGUCAGGCAAGCCAAUUUAAUAACGUAUCCGUAAGCUUAAAUAAAACGGGAAUGGUAAGUGAAUCAGCAAGCGACGCAUUCAAUGGUUUGCUGGCAGCAUCUUCAAACAAACAACAACAAUCAAUUGCGGCAACAACAUCCGCUUCAGCAUUAUUAGAUAAAACUAAUCGCGAUCUAUAA